AUGAGGCCCAUGACCUCACAACUGCUUGUGCUCCGCGGUCGGCGUGAUGCGAUCGCGCAGAAUGCUAGCGAGAGUUCUCAUCGAGGCCGUCAACUUCCGCAGAAUGUAUCGCCAUUCCACCCGGACCCUGAGCAGGAAAUCACUGCGGAAGAUUCCCAUGCCAGCAAGAGGCAACGUGCCCGGCAAUGCUACGACCGCACCCCGAGUCCGCGGGUCUACCUCGAUGACCGAGUCAUCGAUCGAUUCUCGGCUCUACCGACCGACUUGCCUCGCGAAGUGGUUACGGAGCAGCUCUACAACUCACGGCAAUGUUUCGUGGAAAUGAUCACGAACGUCAGCUCUCGUGAUGUCUACGGCCCUCGCUUCGCGCACCACAUCCUGUCCAUGGCGGUUCGCAACCCCGUGUUGCUGUACAGCAUGAUGUCUGCUGCGAUGCUGUUCAUGCGGGUGGCACAGAAGUCCGAGCGGAAUUAUAUGCUGGAAUUGCAGGUGAACGCGACAGCGGUGCGAUUACUGAGCGAGCAGAUGCGCAACCCGCAGACUGCAGCCACCGAGGCAAACAUCUGGGCAGUGGUGGCCCUGGGCUACUCCGGAUAUGUUGGCGAAAUAAGGACGGGAAAGUGUCCUCGCCAGUCUUUUCUGAAAGAGCUUCAGUCGCUACAUAUCUACGGGAGGCUCGUGAUCAACAAGGUCCACGUGGCCGGAUUAAUGCAGUUGGUGCAGAUGCUUGGCGGAGUUGACAAGAUUACAACCCCUGGCAUGGCUCAAGUGAUAUGCUUUGCGGAUUUGUUCGAGUCGAGUCGGUGCCUUCGGAGGACGUUCAUGCCCUUUGUUCCUCAUACGAGGCUCUAUCUCGAGGCCGAUCGUCUUGCGGUGAGUGUCGCAGAGAGGGAAUGGGCCGAGUCAACGAUGGGCUCAUUGGCAACUUCGUUCACGAUGGUGUGGCCUGAUCCCGGAGACGACGCGCUUCUCGCCCUCCUAGUAGUCAUCCGAGAUAUGGCCGAUUUCACCGUCGUCGUCGACAACUACGUUGAGGGCAGGUUUGUCCCCAGACCUCCAGUGAUGCUGACAGAUCAAAGAAACUAUGUCCAGCACAGGCUGAUGUCGCUGGAGUCGCUUGAAGAAAUCGAGAGUCGCAGGACGGCGCCGGCCGAUCUCCAGUACGAGGCCUGUCGACUCGCAUGCAUUGCAUAUAGCUUUCUUGUCAUUUUCCCUUUCCCGCCCGUUGUAGGGUUGUUUGAGCGGCUGGCGAAGAGGCUCCAGAUCAGCCUCCUUCAGAUGCGGACCGGCGUGGACGCCUCGCCUUAUGCGAGAGUGGUUAUGCAGCUCUGGAUACUGACUCUAGGUGCAGUUGUCAGUAUCGGGCUGCCCGAGAGAGCCUGGUUUGUCGACGAGCUCUUGCCGGUGAUGGUUCGCUUAGGGGUCGAUUCGUGGGGGCAGAUGGAGCGGCUGCUACGAGGAUUUCUGUGGCAUCCCAAGACCAGUGAACGGGAUGGACUCGACGUCUACCGCGAUGUCAAGCUGAAGGCUCACAUAGUGCCUGCUCAUGCACAGCAAUGA